UGUGACGUUCGAGGACAGUUUCCCACUACUGUGUGUCAGGCGCUGGCACAGAUUAAUUUACUUAAUCACAACAACCCAGUAAGGUGAUUAGUAUGGCAUCCCAUUUUUAUAGUCGGGGACACUGAGACAUGUUGAGGUUCGGUAACACUCCAACAUCACACAGCCGAGAAGGGGCAGAGCUAGGAUUCGAACCCAGGCUACCCAGCUGGAGAGUCCCCUGGCUUAAUCAUCGUGCUGUGCUGCCUCUGAAAGUGCGGGCCUCCUGAGACAGUGAUUCUGGAAGGGGUAGCCCAGAACAUUUCAGGCAGAAGAAAAGCUCCUAUAUCCUAAAACGGGUGUGAAGUGAGCGCUUAGGAUGGUUCCCAGCACUCAGUGAGGUGCUCAGAAAAUAUGAGCUUAAAAAAAGGAUUAAGGAUUUUUUACAGAGGAAAUGUUGAGUAGAGUUUUGAAGGGUGUAUAGCCGACUUCCUGGAGGACUGGGCCAGAGGAAGGACUCCAGACAGCCCAGCAAGGGCAGAAGAGAAAGCCCUAGAGUGUGGGCUUUCUGGCUGAGUGUGACUCAGGACAAAAUGCUCUUCACCUGGAAGUUUUUCCAGACAGACCUGCCCCAGGUCUCCAUCCGGGCCAGCCCUGACAACACUGGAAUGUUGAACAAUGGCGACCUGGCUGGCCUACCCCAGGACCCUGACUACUCUGUGCCCUGCUACUGCUCAUCUCCCUUGCCCUCCAACGGGUGUUUGCCUGCUAACGGGAAGUGUGACAAGUACUGGGGUUCUUCCUCAGACAAGACCUUGGAUUAUACGAUUCACUGGUCCAGGGCCCCAGAGCCAGAGAUCGUGGGGCCAGCUGCUUCUGAGAACACAGUGCCGAGUAUAGACUGGAGGCUAGAGAGGGACUUGGAGCCUCAGUCAUAUGGGUCUUCCAUCUUCCCGAACCCAGACUCAGAGGAGCAGUGUAAUGACCAGGACCUUCUGAAGAGGCAUCACAACACUGCUAAGAAGCCCUUGGAGACCAACUCUUCCAAAGUCGAAGUUAAGUCCACCAUGAUGAUUCCUGACUCCCAGAAGCUCCUGCGCUGCGAACUGGAGUCACUCAAGAGCCAGCUACAGGCCCAGACCAAGGCUUUCGAGUUCCUAAACCACUCAGUGACCAUGUUGGAGAAGGAGAGCUGCCUGCAGCAAAUCAAGAUCCAACAGCUUGAAGAGGUUCUGAGUCCUAUGAGCCGCCAGACGGAGAAGGAGGGACACAAGUGGGGCAUGGAGCAGGGACGGCAGGAGCUGUAUGGGGCCCUAGCGGAAGGCCUGCUGGGACUACAGAAGACCCUGAGUGACAGCGAGGAGGUGCAGAGGGCCCGCACCACUCGCUGCCUGCAGCUGCUGGCCCAGGAGAUCCGGGACAGCAAGAAGUUCCUGUGGGAGGAGCUGGAGCUGGUGCGGGAGGAGGUGACCUUCAUCUAUCAGAAGCUCCAGGCUCAGGAGGACGAGAUCACAGAGAACCUGGUGAACAUCCAGAAGAUGCAGAAGACACAGGUGAAGUGCCGCAAGGUCCUGACCAAGAUGAAGCAGCAGGGGUGUGAGACAUCCAACUGGCCGGAGACUGAGGAGAUGCCACCAGGAGGCAGAGGCUCCUGGAGGGAUGACCUCCAAAAGGAGCUGAGUGACAUAUGGUCUGCUGUGCACUUGCUGCAGAACUCCUUUGAUGGCUUCACCAUGUCCUCAGGGGGCCUCUCCAGGGCCUCGAACCUCAGGGGCUACAAGGGGCACCAGGGCCUGAGACCUCUGCUCCUCUCCUGGGACUCGGACUCAGAAUCAGACCAGGAUCCUUCCCAGCCACCAUUCAGCAAGAGCCGCUCCUUCCCAUCCACCUGAGCAGCUGGGACUGCUCUCCCUGAAGACCCCUCCAGAGAGAAAAUAAACUAGCCAAGACUCUCUUCCA